AUGGCCGAAGAAACUACUGAUUUUAGUCAAUUCGAAGAAGAUAGAAACAAUGAUCAAUACAAAGUUUCAGCCAAAAAAACUGUUGAUGAAUAUAAAAACUUGGAUGCCGAAGACGAAUCUUUAGCUAAGUGGAAAGAAUCCCUUGGAUUAAGUUCAGACGUAUUACCUUUGGAAUUUCCAGGUGACAAAAGGAAAGUGGUUGUUCAGAGAAUUCAACUUUUAGUCAAUACGGAGCCGAAUCCCAUUACAUUUGAUCUUACCAACGAAAAGACUAUCAAAGAAUUGGCAUCCAAAAGAUACAAAAUCAAAGAGAACUCAAUUUAUAAGCUUAGAAUUGUUUUCAAAGUUCAACAUGAAAUCAUCACGGGGUUACGAUAUGUGCAAUAUAUUAAGAAAGCGGGCAUUGCUGUCGACAAGAUAGAUGACCAUUUGGGAUCGUAUGCACCUAAUACUAAGACGAAACCGUUCUAUGAGGUAGAGCUACCGGAAAGUGAAGCUCCUAGUGGGUUCUUGGCUAGAGGUAACUACAGCGCCGUAUCAAGAUUCAUUGAUGACGAUAAAACUAAUCAUUUGACUUUGAAUUGGGGAGUCGAAAUUGUCAAGAAAUAG